AUGCCUUCCUUGAGAGGGAGAGCACAGACUGUCUUGGGCCCUGUGGAUACAGACCACCUUGGCUAUACAUUGACUCAUGAACUGAACUACAGCAGCUGGUUUUGCCCACCUUCUCCAGGCCAAGAGCCUCUGUCUGAGGGGCCCACUGAGGUGAAGAAUUUGUUUUGGAUAAAAAAUCCUUAUAGCCAUAAAAAAAAUCUUCUUUUGCAUCAGGAAACAGAUGCUGUGAAGGAGGAGCUGUUGCAUUUUAAAGCAGCAGGUGGUGGAACGAUCGUGGAAAACACAACCACAGGAAUUGGUCAGAAUAUGAAUACUUUGAAGAAACUUGAAGAAUGGGUUCAUAUCAUUGCUGGGGAUGGGUUUUAUGUGGAUUCCACUCAUUCUUCUCAAACACAGGCCAUGACAGUGGAACAGCUCACCAGAAUUACUGUUGAUGUGCUACUCGAUGGAGCAGCCAGGACUAAUGUCAAGUGUAGUGUGGUGGGAGAAAUAUGUUGCUUCUGGCCUUUGACUCUGAGUGAUCACAGAGUGCUUCAGGUAGCAGCAUAGGCUCAGUCACAGCUCAGGUGCCCAUCCCAGCAGGAUCCAUCCUGCCAUCUUGGCAGGAACAGUGAUUCACCUUUCCAGAUUAUCCACACUCUUCAGGAAUCUGGGGCUAAUAUUUCUAAAACAGUCAUGUCUCAACUUGACAGGAUUUGUGUGCUGAUCGAUGGAGGCUGUGAAGACAGAAUUCUGAUUGCUUAUGAUGUGCAUGCUAAAAAUAGAUUGAUGAAAUAUGGAGGCCAUGGAUAUUCACAUAUCCUUAGAAAUGUAGCUCCUAAAAUGCUAAUCAGAGGCAUAUCUCAAGAUAAAAUUGGUAAAACAUUUCUAGCAAAUCCAAAGCGGUGGCUGACUUUUAAGCAGGAAUAUUAA